CAUUGCCAGCCAUUGACUGUCGAUACCCUCCAAACCGGUCGCUCGGAAUCCGGCUUCGAUCCUUCUUCUCUCACUAACUCUGUUUGAUUGCCGCUCCGGAGGCCCAGGGACUCUCUUCAAUCAAAAUGGCUUCUCAGGGUGUCAACGUUUUCCGCUACUCGGCUCUGAUUACCGGUCUCGUCUACGGUUUCUACCACCAGUCCUCCCUCACCUCCGCCGCCAAGCACGCAGAGGCCGAGCGUGAAUAUGCCCGCCAGGAGCGCCUGAUCGAGCAGGCCAAGGCCGAAUGGAAGAAGAAGACGGCGCCCAAGGACUCUAAGACGAACAGCGGCGUGAUUACGGAUCCCGAGGACAGCCGGUUUGACCUUGAGGCUUUCCUGAAGCUGAAGGCCGGUGAGAACUAGAUAUGUUUGGAAGUAUACAGCGAGAAGAUGAUUUGCUUUUAUCUCUCCCCCGACCGGAACCUGGCAGGGUAUCGAGGAGAGAUUGCGGGAUGAUCCCGGUUAUGUAUUAUUGUUUGUUGGUCUAAUUUCCCAGAGUCGUGUCAUUGCGAGCGAAAGGAAUGAUUUUCUUUUUUCCACUAUAGACAUCAUCCCCGCAUCUGUACAUACCCUGGGCUGUCGUGCAUGUGUACACUACAGUUGGGCCAGAAGAGCAAGAGAUUCAGUUGUAUGCUUCGGUUUCAUUGCUGAUCCUUCCGUACUGCUUGCGUACCCCUGCAUGACUUCCUGCCCUUGCGCGUGGUG